UCCCUCCCCCAAUUUGUCUUGUCCCUCCCGAAGUCCCAACUGGCCAACUGGCCUCCCCCGCAGCCGAGCCAAGCAGAGCAUCCCCAUCCCCAUCUCCCGCCAUUACUCCUCGGCCCGUCCUCCCUCUCCGGCAAUAAAUACAGCCGCUGGCUCCGGCCACCCACCACCAACAGAUCUAGGCCCCCUGCGACGGGACGAGAGAGAAAGGAAGAAAAUUCACCACGCCACCAUCCCCAUUUACUCCCUUCCAGCUCAUCGACCCCUCCACGCGCACCACACCGCCAAUGCCAUUGCAUCACUUCCUCCCAACUCGAAAAUCAUCUCGACUACUCACUCGGCCGCCGCCGUCGCCCGUCGCAGCCCUCCACGCACGAUCCCCAUGUCCUCCGCUUCCAUCCUCUCCUCGCUCGCCACGCUCGGCCUCGGCUACUCCAUCGCCAUCGCGCUCGGCUUCCUCGUGCUCCUUGCCUCCCUCCUCCUCGCGUCCUACUUCUGCUUCCGGCACGGCGGGGCGGCCGGGGGCGGCGGCCACUUCACGGGCGCCUUCACGCCCACCUCCGGCUCCAGCCACCUCUCCAUCACCGUCCCGCGCGUGCUCUUCGUCGCCGAGGGGUCCGAGUCCCCCGACGCCUACUCCUCGGCGGCCGCGGCCGCCUCUUCCCCCGUCGGGCUCGACCCCGCCGCCAUCGCGUCGUACCCCAAGGCCCCCUUCUCCAGGUCCAGGGCCGCUGCCGCCGACGCCGACGCCAUGUGCUCGAUCUGCCUCUGCGAGUACAGGGACGGGGAGAUGCUGCGUCUGAUGCCCGAGUGCAGGCACAGGUUCCACGUCAUGUGCCUCGACGCCUGGCUGCGCAGGAGCGGGUCGUGCCCCGUGUGCAGAUCGUCCCCCAUCCCCACGCCCGUCGCCACGCCGCUCGCGACGCCGCUCUCGGAGCUCGUCCCGCUCUCGCACUACGCCGCCGAUCGAAGGCGCAGCAGGUGAAUGGCACAUUGGUGAUCUUUAAUUAGUACUUCUGCUUUUUUGCGUUUAAGGUUAAGGUUGUUAUAAAUUUGUUGGAUUGCUUCAUUGGUCAGGGGUACAUGCAUGUGGGAUUUUAGGUGCUAGUUCGACCGGUGGUGUGCUUAGGAUAUGCAGACGGUUGUUUGCUUCGUAGUAGUACUAUUGCUUCGACGAAAUUUUGUAACUUAGAAGUAGAUGCUGGAGCAAGGCAUAGUUGUAAAUACAAUGUUACUGGUUUCCGUUGCAGAUCGAUUGCCUUAUCGUGAGAUGGUAUAAUUGAGUGUUUGCAGUUGCUAUACAACAUGACAGAGAUCGUAGAUCGAUCAAAAGUUAAAUAUUCUUUGCACAGUUUGCAUUCUUUUUUUUUAAUUGUGAUCAUUAGGUGGUUUGUCUUAUUCUAUGAGUUUGAUACUUCGAUUGCUUGCUGAUCGACAAAUAUAUGUUGGAUUACUGUUAUCAUAGGUGAAAUGUAUUGCUGCUUUGUUUUAUCAUUCUUUUAGUCUUGUUUGCAAUAAAUAGCGUGGAAAAAUAACCUUUGCAUUCUCCAUAUAUGCAACAACCACAUUGUUGCAACAGCCAGGUAAGCAACAGCAUUCCUCAUUAAAGCCCCUUAGUAUACGCGUAGGAAUUUUCCUCGCUCUAGAUGGUUGGUGAGUUGGAUGUUGCAUGAAUGUUGAUUGCUGCGUCCAAAAACAGUUCAUUUGCCUGCUAACCUUUGUGGCUACAUACAUGGACAUGUGAUUCCGUGUAUGGUUAGCAGAACAUAUUCUUUGUGUAAGGCAAUCACGUUAUUGUCAAUUAUUGUUUCAUCACAGUGAAGCUAUCAUGUGGGCUUCUGAAUUACUCUAUUCUUGGUUCAGUACUGAAAAUUGCCAGUAUAUCUAUGUUGUCUGACCCCAAACAAAAUCACCCUGGCAAUGUUUUCCCAAAUUUGGGUCCUUGAGGCCGAAAAUUCAAGGAUACAGCGCAGGAUGCAUAGAAUUACGUGGAACAUUGGGACCUACCGUGCUACCAAGUGCCUACUUGAGGAUUUGGAAUUUAGUCAAAAAAGAAGUUGAGGAUUUGGAUGACUACCUAACUAACAAUGACUUUAUAAACUGAAGUCAUUUUGUUGUAAAUGUUAACCUACUGAAUUUGAUGUUUCAACCCA